CUAUGCCCAAAACGUAGUAGUCCGAGAAAAGAAGUGGCAUCAUGCAGUUUCUGGUAGCAGUGGUCAUCUUGGCUUUAGUAAAAUCCUCCCUGCAAGUGGAUUAUUGUAGCGCCUCGUUAUGCCCGGAUGGAGGUCCCCACAUUGCUUGUAAGGGACUGACAGCGCUGGCAUCGUCAUGCGGAGCAGGAGCACAGGAGGUACUGCUGGACUCGAGUAAACAGGCUCUAAUCCUGGACUUGCACAACCAGCUUCGCAGCAAAACUGGUACGGGAAAACAGAAUUAUACUGCCACAAAAUUCUAUCCGCAAGCAGCUCGAAUGGCCACAAUGGUUUGGAAUUCAGAAUUGGCAAGUAUUGCGGCCGCCAACGCACGUCGAUGUGUUUACGGUCACGAUAAAUGCCGAAACACGGCAACGCUUCCAGCAGUAGGACAGAAUAUUGCCUCUAAAAGCUACUACGGCACGACAUUUUCCGAUACUGAUCUGAUAAAAGGUUUUAUUGAUGCGUGGUUUUCGGAAGCAGCCUAUGCAAAUCCCGACAUAAUUGCAAACUAUCCAGAAGAUUACAAUGGACCUGCAAUUGGCCAUUUCACCCAGAUUGUGUCGGAUCGCGCAAACCAAAUCGGAUGUUCCUUUGUGAGCUACAACGUUUCACCAUGGAUUAAGAAGUACUUUGUGUGCAACUAUGCCAUCACCAACAUCAUAGACCAACCUGUUUAUCAAGCAGGAAAAGCGUGCUCCAAGUGCACAAAAGGCUGUAACUCCAAGUAUCCAGGAUUGUGCACGGCAUCUGAAGUUUACAAUUUGAAGCCUUUGGUCAUCUUGGCUUUAGUAAAAUCUUCCCAGCAAGUGGAUUACUGUAGCGCCUCGUUAUGCCCGGAUGGAGGUCCCCACAUUGCUUGUAAGGGACUGACAGCGCUGGCAACGUCAUGCGGAGCAGGAGCACAGGAAGUAGUGCUGGACUCGAGCAAACAGGCUCUAAUCCUGGACUUGCACAACCAGCUUCGCACCAAAACUGGUACGGGAAAACAGAAUUAUACUGCCACAAAAUUCUAUCCGCAGGCAGCUCGAAUGGCCACAAUGAAUACAUUCUAUAAAAGCAUCCAUUGCUUCCUAAGCCCAGCAGUCUUGAAAAGUAGUAGCAUCAUGCAGUUUCUAGUUACAGUGGUUUUCUUGGCUUUGGUGAAAUCCUCCCAGCAGGUGGAUUAUUGCAGCUCUUCGUUAUGCCGGAACGGAGCAUCUCACAUUGCUUGCAAUGGAUUGAAAUCACUCGCCUCAUCGUGUGGAGCAGGUGCACAGGAGAUAGUUUUGGACUCGGCCAAACAGGCUCUGAUCCUGAACUUGCACAACCAACUUCGUAGCAAGAUUGCUACCGGCAAGCAGAGUUACUCUAACAAAUUCUACUCACAAGCAGCUCGAAUGGGCACAAUGGUCUGGAGUUCAGAGUUGGCAAAUAUAGCAGCCGCCAACGCAAGGCGUUGUGUUUACGGUCACGAUCAAUGCCGAAACACUGCAAACCUGAAAGCAGUAGGACAGAAUAUUGCCAUGAAAAGCUACUACGGUAUGACAAUUUCCGACACUGAUCUGAUCAAAGGUUUCGUUGAUGCCUGGUACUCGGAAUUUGCUUUCGCUAAUAACGACAUAAUUGCAAAGUAUCCAAGUAAUUACAAGGGACCUGCGAUUGGCCAUUUCACCCAGAUUGUCUCGGAUCGUGCGACACAAAUCGGAUGUUCUCUGGUGAGCUACAAGGAUUCGCCAUGGAUUAGAAAAUUGUUUGUGUGCAACUACUCUCUGACCAAUAUCAUUGGUCAAGCUGUCUAUCAAGCUGGAAAUUCGUGUUCUAGGUGCACGUCAGGCUGCAACUCAAAGUAUCCGGGAUUGUGCAAUGAAUCUGAGGCUAUUAACUCGAACCCUUGGUAAUAAAAUGUGCUGCAUAUAUUUACUGUUUAACCCUUAAAAAGGCUAGCUCAAAUUCUGACUUCAAGAAGCAUAGCUCCUAAGAGCUCGAAGUAUUUCCAUCCUCGUUUAAUUACUGAGAGAAAUGAAAACCCGAAACCGUUCGAUCAUUCCUAUAAAAAAAUUUAAAAAUUUAAACCCAGGCUUAUGAAACCCCUUGCCUUUUUGAGAGUUAAUAUGAUCUGUUUUAUCCAGAAGUUUAAUUGCAUUAUUUGUAUAAAGAACUCCAACAUAGGGUCAUUAGUAUCGAGUGCAAUCACAAUCGGACUGUCAAAAGCAAUAGAAGUUAUUAGUCUUCGAAACUAACGAAACAGAAAACAAUAACAGUGUUUUGACCCUAGAGUUAGUCAAUUUACUUUAAAAUAAAUUUUUGAGAGAAGA